AUGCCAAAAGCGCCCUUCUCCUCCCUUCCUCUCUCCGGUCUCUUCGCCAUCGCGAAGCCCUCCGGCCCGACGUCCAUGUCCAUCCUCGACUCUAUCAAACCACUCAUCAACUCAUCCCCGCUCUUCGUCUCCCAAGACAAACUGGACAAGCAAAAAGAUGGAGAUGCACAGUCGGGCGGAAAAGGCAAAGGAAAAUUUGGACGCGGGAAGAAGCGAGGGCGCGAUGCAGUGAAGCUCGGCCAGGGCGGCACACUCGACCCGCUCGCGGAUGGGGUUCUCGUGGUAGGCAUUGGGAAGGGCACGAAGCGUCUGGGUGACUUCCUCGACUGCGUCAAGGAAUAUCGAACCACAGCUCUUCUAGGAUGUGAAACAGAUACCUACGACUCCGAAGGCGCACAAGUCCGCGCCGCACCAUGGAAACACGUCACAAAGGAUGCCGUCGAGAAAGCGCUCGCUCAGUUCCGGGGAGAGAUCCAGCAGACGCCACCUAUAUUCUCCGCCCUAAAGAUGGACGGGAAACCACUCUACGAGUACGCACGAAAGGGCAUACCUCUCCCUCGGCCCAUCGAGCGACGGAGCGUCACCGUGCACUCUCUCGAGCUCGAGGAGUGGAAGGGCGCCGACCAUCGGUUUGUCUGGCCCGAGAAGAGGUUCACGGAUGAUGAAAAACGAGCACUGGAAAAGGCGCUGAGUAGCGUGGAGGAGGAUCCGCAGGUGAAGGAUGAGGGCGAGACAGCUGUCAAGGCCGGACAAGAGGGAGAGGGAGACGGGCAGGAGCCGCCGAGGAAGAAGGCACGCGUGGAUACGGAAGCAGAGGUGGCGGGGGUGGCGGAGUCCAAGGCGGAGGAGCCAAUUACCCCACCAACGGACACAACUGCGGAACACCCGACCGCCUUCGUGCUCAAAAUGCGCGUCUCGGGCGGGACAUACGUCCGCUCCAUUGUGCACGAUCUCGGGCAUGCUCUUGGCUCCGCCGCUCACGUCGUCACCCUCACUCGCUCGCAGCAAGGGCGCUUCGCUCUCGGUAUGGAAUCACACCCCGCAGUCUCAGAAGUCGGGGACGUGGAGCAACCUCACAAGCCUCCCGCGUCCGCAGAGGCAAAUGAUCUGGUGACCCAAAAGUCGGAAGGCGAAGACGCUGCUGCACAAACCAGCCUUGAGCAGACGCCUGCAGUAUCGGUUGAACGUGGUUGCGUCCCCUGGGAGGUAUUCGAGCGCGCAAUCAAGGAUGAGGGCGAGGUGGAUGAGGAUGGCAGGCACGAGUGGGAGAAGGUUGUGCUGGAGCAUUUAGAGGUUGUCGACUGAAUAAUAAAUUCUCAGUUAGCAGGAUAACUCGACUCAGGGACCUUUCAUUUUUGAGUCCCAAAAGGCCGUUCUGACAUCGGCCUUAAGGGCGCAUAUAUGCAUAAACCUACCUUCAUAUCACAAUCACAGUAUCUCUGCGUCACGCAUAGUCUGGCUGGUCGAUGUUUACACUGCCAUCCGGCCAAACAGUCGGCUCCAAGCCGAAUUCUGUUACAUUACCACAUAAAUAUCUACCGAGCGAAUGGCACAGGAGAUAUAAAACGUC